AAUCGGCUGACUAGCAUUCCUGCAGAAAUCGGCUAUCUUAAAAAUCUUGUGAUUCUUUCUCUUGCUCACAAUAAUCUAACUGAACUUCCAGAUACCAUCGGUUUGCUUACAAAACUUGUUCAACUCAAGGCAAAUAAUAAUGCACUUGCAAGUAUCCCUGAAGCCAUCUGCAAACUAUCAAAAUUAGAGACUCUUCAACUGGAAUGCAACGAAAUUACACAUGUACCCAACAAAAUAGGUGCACUGUCCAAUCUGGUAACCAUCGAUUUGAGCAAUAAUCCGCUGGAACUGUUACCAGCAGAAGUCGGGCGUUUAAAAAUGCUA